UAACCAUGGGCAAAACUAAUAAAAAGAAAAAUUUAUCUGAAAAAGCAGCAAAGAAAGGAUUAAAGGAUAUUAAAAAAGUAACUAAUCCUUUUGAAAUUCAUGUAAAUAAAGAUAAAAAUAAAAUUUUAGGAAAAAAAAGUAAAUCUGACCGAGGUCUUCCGGGGAUUUCACGUUCAAAAGCUAUUAAAAAACGUAAGAAUACUCUUCUUCAUGAAUAUAAUAGAAAAGAUAAAGAUAACAUAUUCAUGGACAAAAGAAUUGGAGAAAAAAAGUCCAUGACAGAUGAAGAAAAGUUUAUGGCUCGAUUUGCAGCGGCUCGAAUGAAAUCUCAUAAAAAACAAAGCAUUUACAAUCUUAAUGAUGAUGAAGUAUUGACUCAUAGAGGUCAAACACUCGAAGAAAUAGAAAAAUUUGAUGAUCCUAGAAGUGAUGAUGAAUUCAGUGAUGAUGAGAAUGUUAGAAAAGGUCAUUUAGACAAACAAUUUGUUGAUGAUGCUCAUUUUGGAGGAGGAGUUUUAUCAAAACCUAAUGCACCCUUAUCUAGACAAGAUGUAAUUGAACAAUUAAUUCUAGAAUCAAAAAAACGAAAGGCAGAAAAACAAAAAAUUAGAGAACAGACAAUUGAUUUAACUGAAAAACUAGAUUCUGAAUGGAGAGAUCUUGUACCUCUUAUAAAAUCAUCUAAGAAAACAGAAGAUGAACUUAAAAUAAAACCUAAAAUCGAUGACUAUGACAGAGCGGUUAGAGAGCUUAAAUUUGAAAGCAGAGGGAAUCCAACGGAUCGAUUAAAGUCUGAGGAAGAAAUAAUGAAAGAGGAAAAAGAAAAAUUAGAAGCUUUAGAAAGAGACAGGAUUACAAGAAUGAAGGGACUCAUCAAUAAUAUUAAUGGACAGAUCAAACAUAGAUCCGCUGAUGAUUUAGAAGAUGGGUUUGAAGUUGAAGAGAUUGUUGAGGAGCCUUUGGCAUAUGGAGAAGAUGGUAAACUGUUAGAAAAUAGUAAUAAAAAUAUAAAUCAGUCUGAUCAUGAAGAGGUCAAUAAUAGUAAUUCAGAUGAUUCUGAAGAAGAUGAUAACUCUGAUGAUGAGAAUGAAGCAGAAAAUGAUCAUACUGAGGAAGUCAACCAAUCUACUAACGAAGAAGAAGUAGAAGAUGAAAAUAAUGAAGAUGAUGAUGAAGACGACUUAUCUGAUUUAAAGGAAUCGGAAACAUCCAGUGAAGAUGAAGAAGGCAUUGUGCAUAAUGAACAUGAUAAAAAAAAUUCCGUUAUUAAAAUUCUUGAAGAUAAGCCUGUAAAUGUUUUGACUAAUGGUGUAUUGAAUGUUCAAAAACUUCAAGAAAAUGAUGAAAACAGAGUAAAAGAGAUUAGAGAAGAUCUUCAAAGGCGGAAAGAAAUUAUGGAGAAAGCUCGUGAGGAGUUACCUUACACAUUUAAUGCACCAGAAAGUUAUGAAGAAUUAAAGCAGUUGUUACAGAAUCAGAAACCAGAUUAUCAAUCGAUUAUUGUAGAACGAAUAAUAAAAUGCAAUCACUGGACACUUGGUCAGGGAAAUAGAGAAAAAUUAUGUAAAGUAUUUGAAUAUUUAUUGAAAUAUAUCGUUGAUUCUGCUUGUACCAACGAGACAGAACAGUUAGUUGAAUAUUUUCAAAUUUGUGAUGAACUGUGUCCAUACUUGUUUGAUUUGGCUCAAGCUAGCGCCACGAAUACUGCCACAUGUGUUCAAAAUAUUCUCAAGGAAAAAUAUAAUCUUUUCAAGGUGCAACAAAAGAAAUAUCCAGGAUUGGAUACUCUUAUUUUAUUUAAAUUAGUUUCUCUUAUUUUUCCAACAUCAGAUUUUAGGCAUCCCGUAGUUACACCUUCUUUAGUAUUCAUGUCACAAAUACUCUUAAGAUGUCAAGUGAAAAAGAAGACAGACAUUUCAAAAGGACUUUUUGUUGCCACUCUUAUUUUAGAGUAUACAUUAAUGAGUAAAAGAUUUUCACCUUCAACGAUAAACUUUCUCCGAGGAAUUAUUUAUUUAGCAACAGUUAAGCCAUUAAUGUUACCUAAAAUCGUUCCACCAUUUAAACGUAGUGGACAAUAUUCAAGUCUAUUAAUUCUUGAUAAAGACCAGAGAAAUUUAAAAAUUGAUGUCAACGAUAUUCGAAUGAUAGCUAGUGACUUGAUUGAAGGUGAUAUAACUGAUAAUUUUAGAAUUCGAGCAUUUGUAACAGCUCUCAAUUUAACAAAUGAAUUUAGAGAUCAACUGAAAGAGUUAGAAGCUGUAUAUUCUAUUUUUGAACCAAUUGUUAAAUUAUUAGAUAUUAAUUCUGUAGAGAAUUAUCCUGAAAAUAUUCGAGUACAUGUUAAUAAAAUUCAUGAAGAUCUAAAAAAAUUAGCAGAUAAAAAAUUGAAAUAUUUAGUUCGAGAAAAAAAGGGCCCGAAAGCUCUGAGACUAUAUGAACCGAAGAUUGAAAAAGUAUUUGAUGGUAAGAGACACAAGUCAAUGUCAAAGGAGAAAGCAGAAAGAGAAAAAUUGUUGCACAAAUUGAAGAAAGAAAAGAAAGGUGCUAUAAGAGAAAUCAGAAGAGAUGCAUCGUUCUUGGCUAAAGUACAGAUUAAAAAUCAAAUCAAGAAUGACGAAGAACGGAAACGUAAAGUUAAAGAAAUUUAUGGCGAUGCUUCAAUGCAACAAGGAGAAUUAAAUAAAUUAAAAAGAAUGAAAUAAAUAAACUAGUUUUAUUUAUUUAUCAUAUUAAUACUUUCAUUAUUUUCUAUAACAUCAUUUUUGUUGUUUUUAUAGCGAGCUAACUUUCUUAAAUUAGUUUUAAGUACGAGUUUUCAUGAACUCAUCAAAGUUCAUCGCUCGUAAUGACUUAAAACAAAU